CCUCUCCCCAUCACCACGUCAGUUUGACUUUGUUGUAUUUUAUGUUCGCAUGGCCACCCCAAACAAGCAAGAUCACGAACACACGCAUCCUAUUCUACCUAUAUAUGCUAGCCAGUGGUGAAAUCUUUCUCUGACGAUCGAGGAGCCAACACAACCCGAUGUCUCACAAGAAGAUGACCAUGAGCUGCCUCGUCGUGCUGGCACUGCUGCUGGCGACGCUCCGGCCGGGCAAGGGCCACUCGUGCGAGGACUGCUGCGAGGCAGGGAAGGCGUACCCGACGUACCGGUGCUCGCCGCCGGUCGUCGCGGGAGCCACCAGGGCCAUCAUGACGCUCAACGACUUCGACGAGGGCGGCGACGGCGGGGACCCGUCGGCGUGCGACGCAGUCUUCCACCGCAACUCGGAGCGCGUGGUGGCGCUGUCCACGGGGUGGUACGCCGGGGGCUCCCGCUGCGGCGACCGCAUACGGAUCCGAGCCAACGGCAGGUCCGUGCUCGCCAAGGUCGUCGACGAGUGCGACCGCGAGCACGCCUUCCAGCCGCCGUGCCGCAACAACGUCGUCGACGCGUCCCAGGCGGUGUGGGACGCGCUCGGCAUCACCGGCGAGGAGGUCGGCGAGUACGGCAUCACCUGGUCAGAUGCAUGACGCCUGUGGUGCCUUAAUGUAGUGUUCUCUUGCUUAUUUGAAGCUUAUGUGUACGUGUGGUGGUGCCUUUGAUGUAGUGUUGAAAUAUUCCCUCCGUUCGGAAUUAUUUGUCACAAAAAUGAAUAAAAAUGGAUAUAUCUACAACUAAAA